AUGAUCACUCGCUGUUUGCCAGAAAUCGUACAGAAUAUUGAUGAAAAACUGGACAAGAAUAUCCUCGAGUUGAAUAAGCUGCCAACGGUAAUAAAUUCUCCAAGUGAAGCUUUGAUGACGUUAAUGAAUAUCAUCUGUUCUGUCAAAGAGUCUCUCCACAGACUUCUUAUCCAAGGAGAUGUCUCGGAAUAUCAAGAUGAUCAUCUUAACAUGCCUUCUUCUACUCGCUUGGCAGAUAUGUUGAGAAAAUUCUCAGAUGAUCUACAAGCACAGCCUCAGGCCACGACUGAGUUCUUGAUGGAUGAAAUCAAGAUUCAGCAUUUCAUCAAACGAGCGUGUGGUAGACUACUCUCUAUGAUCAAAGAACAAUCUGUGAGCCGAGUGACCGAGAUUGUUGAGAUGGAGAAACUGACAGAUUACACAUGCAACAAAGAGUACACGAACGUUUACACACAUUAUAUAGCUGCACAAGGAAGCUUCAUCAGUGCUGCAGUGAACACAUAUAAAAUAUCCUUCGAUUUAACUGGAUUCGGAACGGUUCCGACUACACAUCUAAGGAAGUAUCCUGUCGAACUACUGCAUCAAGCUUUUGACAUAAAGAUGAGGAUUACAGCCUAUUGGGCUAUCGUUGUAAGAAGAAUUGUGGAUAGCACUGCACUUUACCUUCAGUUCACUUUGAAGAAUUUCAUCAACAGUCAGUUUCAGAAGGAGAUCGUCGCGGAGUUGGUGAAUCACAGAGGCGUAGGAGACGUUGAGAAGAUGCUUGAGGAGUCUACUGCGGUGGCGAGCAAGAGGGAGAAGCUUAAGAACAGUAUCAGGCUAUUGAAGGAGGCCAAAGACGCUGUUUCAGCCAUUGUUGAUCACAGUUCCUGAUAGUUAGAUCGAUUGCUUCUUUAGUGAAGUUUGGGUUUUCAUUCUUUUCGUCUAAAAAGGGUUUGGGUUUUCACUUUGUCUUUUCUCCCAUU